AGGGAGUUGAGGAAACGAAACCCUUUGCAACUGCAUCCUUAUUUGCUGGAAAACGAAAAAUAUCGGCAAAUGCUAAAAGCGCGGGGCGUACGUCCGGUUCAUUUAGAAAGGACACAACCUAGACACCAUACGGAGACACAGAACGUGGAUUCGCAAGAUCGGGAUUUCCUUGCCAACACGCAGUCAAGCAGUGUCCGCCACAGCUCACAACCUAUUCUUUCAUCACCUCCGGCAGCAGAAAUCGCUCCAAUAUCUCUAGAUGAUUUGUCAAGACCAUUCGAUUCAGGGAACGAUCCGUUCAAUAUUGGAAGCGAUGAUGAUCUUCCAGAACUAAGUGUUCUUAUCCAAAAUGCUGGCCAGCAAGGGCACAAGAAACGUAAAGUAAUGCGGACUUUUACAAACAAAGGGAAAGCCCACGGUAAGUCGGGCUCGCUCGUGCAGCCGCGUAAGGAUGGUAGUCAUGUUGCGGAAGGCUCUAGAGAUCACUUCGAUAUUCCUCCGUCACCGCCAGCCUCUAGGACUCCGCCUUUACCGGCCACCUUGGCGACGCUUCGUCCUUUUCGUAUGCCGCCGGGUCUAGCUCCCUUUCAACCACCUACACCUACGACUUCGUCAUCCACGAAGGCACAUCGUAGGAGAGUGGUUGAGAGCGAAUCUGAUGAGGAUACCCCCCCUCGGAGUACGGCAAGGCCUUUCAGACGCGUGCCUUCUGCAGUUGUGGAUGUGUCUUCUGAUUCUUCAUCAUCGUCGCCUGAGGAAAAACGUAUCAGAGGCGUUCUUCCCGCCUCAUGGCUCAGGCUCGAUCAGCAAGCUCAAUCCAAAAAACCUCCGCCGAGCCCGCGGCGACGCAGACGGACCUCAUCCAUGGCUUCGUCUAGGGCGCCGACGGUUGUUCCUGCGCCGGACUCUGAUCGCGAUGAUCCGGUUGUUUCUACUGAGCCUGUGGAUGGUGGAGGUGCCAUUGUUGUGGAUGAUGAUUCUGAUCGUUCAGAUGGCUAUAUGCCAUCAACAGAGGCGAGACCGGCGCGUCGUCUUCCAAUGGCCAAUUUCGAAAGAGAUUUUGGUGAGGACAUACUCAUGGAAGACGGCUUCGAUAUCUAUGAGCAUGACUUCAUUGAUCCAAUGUUACCGUCCGCCACACGUCGACCGCGAACGAAGCCAAGCAAAAAACGGCAAACGAGAUUGACAGAUGCGAUUGUUCCUCGAUCUAAACGCCCAAAGCUCGACAAGUCCGAAACAGCAGUGUCUGCUAGGAUGCGUCCUGCGCCCUCAAAUAAGCAUAAGUCCAAUGGCCGCGCCGGACCGCGACCUAAGCCGGCUCCAAAAUUUAAGGCAUCACGACUUAGUAUACUUGAUGCUCCGUCUUUAUCCGCUCCUGGACCAGCACCAGUGCCAAGGUUUCUGAAGCUUGCAGCUCGCCAAGCUCGUCGACAGCCCAACCAGGGCAGACACAGCCCGGGCAACAAGCAUGUCAGACUCCAUACUGAGGCUGAUACGGAAGAUGCAAACCUUUCCUUGCGACAAUGGCGGGCCGGUACUAUUCUCCCCGUGGCGCGGCAUUCGAAACCAAAUGAUUCUGCGAGCGCACGCCAUCCAUUGGCUGAUCGCGUUGACAAUCAACAAGAGCAGAUGCAACAACAGUGGUUGCCCUCUCCAGAGAAGGCGGCUGACGAUAAUCGCGCCCAAAGCGAUCUGGAUCCAUUGCAUGCUGCUAUUGCUCGAGCUCAAAGCGGUCGUACAGGCAAACAACAAGCCAGACCCAAAACGGUUUCGAGGAAUCGGCCCACUGCACAAUCUUCCUCCAAGGCACGCCAGCAAAAACUUCACAUUGCACAACGGCCGGGUGCACAGAAGCCGAAGCCCAAGCAACCUGUGUACAGGACCGCGCAGCUUGAAGACUUGGAAGAUGAUUUCGACGAUCAGCAUCGCUCUGCAGCUUUCCAGAAAAAGCUCAUUAAGAUGGACCGUUACUUUGUCGAAAGAUUUCGAGGUUCUGGCGGCCGCAACCCGCAUAUCGUUCGGUUCUUGGAGGACGAAGAUGAAACAACGCCUCUUCCACUGCCCGGUGUUGUCCCAACUGUGGAAGAAGUACCCGCCGUGGGCGAAACGAAUGCCCUCGAUCCACGAACGGAGCCUGAAGUGGAGGAAAUGGCCGUUUCCAAGAAGCAAACGCGCUUGCCAGGUAGAAGGCCUAAACUGAAAGCUCGGCGUUUCGACAUCGAGACUCGGGAGUACAGACAACCGAGUGAUCCUCUACCACAGGUUACUGACGACACUGCACACAUCCCUGUGGAUAACCAUGUGGUAGAGACUCCGUAUUUGGAAGGUCUUUUGCCUUUUGGCGGAAGAUUUACCCUUGAUUUCGACAUAUUCCCCUUAUCCAUAGGGACAUUCUACCAUGGGAGUACCCUGUUAGGAGGCGGGGAACUCCGAAGCGCUUUAGAACUGAAGAAACGUGAUCUCGAUUCACCCUCGGGCGCUUGCAGUUUCAAUCACGAUGGCCAUUAUUACAGGUGGAGUUCCUGGACCGAGGAGGUUGCCACAGAACUGGGCAUUCUCUUUAACUCUAUCGUUUCUAGACUUGACGGUACGCACGAUUGUGCAGAGAGCUUGCCAACACACGGUCAUCUGCUUGUUGGUGGUGCUGCAUUCGGUUCUUUCAGGGCUAUCAUACGAUACAUCUCCGCAAAUCUUUAUUUCCUCGACCCGGUGGAUCGUCGAUCGUUUGUCCUAAGGAUGCAGAAUUUGCUCGAAAGCGCGUCACCUGCUCUAAUCUCCUCGGUGGAUGAAUCUUCAAACGAAAAAUUUCAACCAUUGACGCCUCAAAACCACAAGGCCCGUUUGCUUCUUAUGCUGUCCAUCUUUGCAUACCAAGUUUUGCAAGUGGCAAGCCACUCUCUAGUGGAACAAUCAAUUCAAGAAGAAAUUGCCGUCUUGUUCAAGUCGAUAAGCAAGACUUUGGUUCGGUCAAUUUUGCGGAACGGGAUGGGCCAAUUACGUGCGUAUCUGGACGACAACCGUCGACAGGCGCAGCGGGAACUUGGCAUCCGCGAAGACAAAUUAGCAGUCGAAAGUGUCAUCACCGUUUCGCAUCUUCUCAUCUCUGCUGAAUUACCAAAAAACUCGUUCUGGGAAAUGGUCAACAACGAACUAAGACUAAAUCGACCAGUGGAGACUAUCAAGCAUGUCGGCUCCUUCGAAAGUUUGUGGUAUGAUGUCUUUACACUGCUGCCAUACCUGGAAUUCGAUGCUUCUGGUGUCUUGAUGGUUGGCCAAAGGUAUAAGGACAGCAGAGAAGAUUGGUCGCUGGUGGCGUCUAUGAUAAAAAGGCUUUCGAGUUUGUAUCCAGAGACCUGCCAGAGGAACGUUUCUGUGAAUGUCUACCUCCGCGCCUGUCUGACCAGAUGCCAUCGGUUGGUCCAAAACUGGGGUUGGAGAAAAUGCGAAUCCUUGAUUACUGCUGUUUUCGACUUCUUCUCCGGACGCCAAUUUGCGCACCUCCGCAACGAAGAAUCUAGAGGCUCACCUCGCUUUUUGGAAAACUUGGAGCAGCAACCCUCACUCGAGGUGCAACCAGAUGAUCUGGCAUUCCACAUCUUCCUGAAGAUCCUUGCUCUUGGUUUCAGAAGUUUGCGAGAUAUCUAUCUUGGGAAGAAAGUUAAAAACAUCUCGUGGCGACUAUUCCCGAAUCACAGACGCAUUUAUCGCAAGGAUGAAGCCUUGAGACAAGAAGAUCUUGAUGCUCUUCGAAACAAUCACGAUCUGCUUUCUACCUUGUACUGGGCGUCACCGCCAGGAUUUCGGCCUCGUCUUAAUCUGUUGCAAGAUUUGGUUGAUCAAACCCAGUCACAUCGAGAAGCAUGCCGUCUCAACGUCCGCGCCUGGUCUAAUUUGGCCAGGUUUCAAAUUUCUACGGGUGAGGGAACCGAGGCUCUCGGACCGUUUGCAGAGUGGUUCGCAGAAAUCGUUAAGUAUAACAGCUCGCAAUACAGGCUCGCGAGGUCCGAAGCAGAGGCCCAGUUCGAGGCUAUGAAGUUUCAGGGCCAUGAUCACAUCUCGUCGGAUCAUCUCCGAUCGACGAUCAAGAACAAUCAAGCCCAGAUCCUGGCAAUCCUCGGGGAUGCUGUUGCCGGAAUGAAGGCUGCGAUUACCGUGGCUCAUGAUCUGGAAUGUGCUGUUUUUCUGCUCCAGAAGUCGACCAUCACGGAGCUAUUCAAACUCUUCGAUGCUAGAAACCCACAAAACGGAUCGCUGAUCGUUGACGUCUUGAAAGUAUUCCAGGAACACCUGAAUAGACGAGAGCAAGAAAAGUCACGGCAGGCGGAAAGCCAACAGACAAGUGAAGACAGCCAGGAAUUCGGGUCAUGGGAUUUUAACGAAGAAGAACUUGCGGCAAUUACUCCUGGUUUAGCAGCAGCGCAAAGCCCGAUUGACUUUCUGCAUGAGUCGGUGUGGCAACUUCUUUCCAGCUGCUUUGGUGCUGAAGCGCCCCCAAACGAUAGCUUGUUGAUGACUGUGGUCGACACGUGGGCUCAAGUCGCCGCCCAGCUUGUACAAGACAAGUACAAAGGUUGGGGGGGUUAUCUCGACCCGUACAGCACAAUCUCUUGGCAUCAACUACGGGACACCGAGCAAACCGGUAAAUACGCGCCGUACUUCAUCUCCACCUUGAUGGAGCGUGGUCCUGUCAGCUACUCUGAGCAUCAGGUCGACAUCUUCACGUCUUGGGUGUUGUCGCUCGUUGAGCGAGAGUCGAUGCUCAAGUUCCAACACCGUCUCACCACUGCUUUGCUGAACAGAGAUCCUGAUCACCCUCUUCUUCAAAAUUUUCCUUUCUUGAGGGACAGAGAUAAACGCGUCAACAUUACUCUCUCGGAGCUCCGUGAGCGACGUUUGAAUCUGAUAUCCACACUGCUAGCAAAUAUGCGCAAUGCUUAUGACGAGGCCAUCAGAGCUGGACAUGCAGAUUUGCCUGGUCUUCGCAGGGAAUAUGCAGACCUGCUCAAAAGGCUCAUGGGGGCGAUGAAGAAGCACUAUCUCGAACUGCAGCAAGGCUCCAGCAUCAAGGGUACAUAUGUGGAGUUUGUGCAUGCGGUUGUUGAAUUCCUGCAGCAGCAUACGUCCGAUAUAUGCGUUGUAGACAAAUUCUUCACCGACUCAACGGCCUUUCCUCUGCCGGCCACAGACCCGACAUAUGUCGUGGGCAGACUCAAGAGCUAUGUGCCACGGCUGUCGGAGACAAAGACCCAGAAGCAGCUCGCGGUGUUUAUUCAAACAGUUUCUGAGCGCGCGGCGGUGGAUAGUCAACAAGCGUAUCUCGUCAGCCAACUCUGCGCAGCGACCUUCGGAAGUUUCGAGCACGGCGACAGCAAGCGCCCAACCUUGCGGCAAGUCCUUCUCCAAGCCAUCUUCCCCGCAUACAUCGAGCUGUCCCUCAGCAGCACCGCUGGCUGGAUUCUCAGCAAGCCGCUCCUCCAAGCGUCAACGCAAAUGCUCGAGGAAUUCAGCCACCAGUACACCGCCCUGGAUGCAGACAGCGUCAGCACGACGGAGUCAAUCCUCUCCACUGUCCUGGACGUCCUGAUGCGUACCAUAGACCUGCUCAUCGUGCACUCCGGCCACCUCGACCAACCCCACGUGCUGCACCUUCUCGUCUGGAUCUUUCGCACCGUAACCGCCACCAUCCCCGCGGUCGACUAUAUCAACAAACGCACGGGGCGCGCCGGCCCCGCCAUCGACCGCCUCGCCGCUUUCCAUGCUUUCAGUCUCUUCGUCGCGGCCACGGUGCUCGGCUCCUCGGCUGCGUUUUCGCCGUACCCGCCCAGCGACCCCGCGCCUAUCGCAGAGGCGCCGUUUGCGGACGUGCGCGAGUACUGCAUGCGUGCGCUUAAGCAGGCGUUGAGUAGUAACUGGAACAAGCAGGGAGAGCACUAUUUCUUCACGCGGGCUGGACAGGCUGGAAGAGAGGUCGUGAUGAAUGUAGGCAGUUUGGCGGAGGAGAGAGCGGGGGUCGUGGAUGCGAUUGAGGCGUUUCAGGGGGUGUUG